AUGAAAAAUCAUGAAUCCUGUCCAACCGGCUCCACUCCAUUCCCGGAAGCAAAUAUAGUAGUAAAUGGACCAACACAUGGUCGUGGAGGAGGACAUGGACGUGCACAAGGCCGUCGCAUUGACCGCGGACGUGGUCAUGGUCAUAAUCGAGGUGGUUCAAAUUCCUAUUCAAAGAGGGCAAAGAAUGAUGAGAAUCGCAAGAGAAAAACUAGUGGAAGUAAUAACCACUCUGAAGACUCGUGUUAUCGUUGUGGUGGAAAUGGUCAUUGGUCACAUACCUGUCGUACACCAAAACAUUUGGUUGACCUUUAUCAAGAAUCGCUUAAAAAUAAAAGUAAAGGCAAUGGAAAAAUGCCAAGGGAAGAAACCAAUUUUGUUGAUGAAGAGGGUGAUUCUGAUUAUGGCAACAUGGAUGCCACUCAUUUGGAUAUUGCUGAUUUCUUUGCUGAUCCUAAUGGAAAGAUUGAUCACUUGAUUGGUGAUGGGAAUGUUCAACAAUAA